AAAGGGAAACUACCCUGUUAAAAUGUAAUAUGAAAUUAGAGUGAUACCCCUACUUUGAUGGCUGUUUGUUUUUGUAGCAAUUUUUUACCAUGCGGCCUUUGACACAAGAGGAGACCAAUACUUUUUUCGACAAACUUUCCAAAUACAUUGGGGAAAACAUAAAGCUCUUAAUAGACAGACAAGAUGGAACCUAUUGCUUCAGACUACAUAAAGACAGAGUUUAUUAUAUGAGUGAAGAGCAGUUGAAAAUUGGCAGCUCUGCAGCAGGUGAAUGUUUAGUAAGCAUUGGCUCUUGUUUUGGCAAGUUCACAAAAUCUGGAAAAUUUCACCUUCACAUAACUGCACUGGAUUAUCUGGCACCUUAUGCAAAGCAUAAAGUGUGGCUCAAGAGCAGUGCAGAGCAACAAUUCUUAUAUGGACAUCACAUCAUGAAGUCUGGCUUGGGACGCAUCACAGAAAGUACAGAACAGUAUCAGGGGGUCAUUGUGUAUAACAUGAAUGACUUACCACUGGGUUUUGGCGUAGCAGCAAAAUCAACGCUGGCCUGCAGAAAUUGUGACCCAAUGACCAUUGUUGUUUUUCAUCAAGCAGACACUGGACAGUAUAUUAGAGAAGAAGACACAUUGACAUAAUCUGUUUCUAUCACUAUUUUUGUUUCAACACAUUACAUGAUUGUCAAUAAUAAAUGUGCAUGGGUUAAAAGAAAAAAAAGAUUUUUUUUUUUAAAGUAUAUUUAUGUUUGCAGUAAUCUAGAAUACAAAUUUUAAUUAGUCUUAUAAUAGAUCUCUUCAUGCUAAGAAAGACAUCAAAAUUAAUCAAUGUAGGAUAAUAACAAUUAAAGAACAUAAAAUUGACAUGGGAGGGGGGGGGGGAUUUGGUUUUUCAUCUUAUUCCCCUCAGCUGAAAAUCAACAAUCUUGCAUCUUCUUCAAAUAAUUUUGUGUUUCCCUUUAUCGUUUAGAAACAGUAAAAGGCUAACAGGAGAAAUAAAUAAAUGCAGAUCUGUUAUCAACUCUAACAUUAAUAUCCUUGUCAUGACUAGAUUUGUGUACUUGUGCCUGGUGUUGGAAGAAUCUAUGAUAGAUAAUAGUAAAAUGGUGAAGUCAGCACUUGUUUGAACAAUAAGGGUAUGUGUAUAGAAAGUUUCACUUUUAGAUUGUUACAUGUAUUUAAACAUUGUGAUAUCACAGCAAUUGUAUCGCAAUUCAAGUUUAAAUUCAAGUGUGCUUAGAAAGUUUUUUUUUAUCUUAAGACCACCUGGUAUUUUCUUGUGCCUGGAAUGCUGACAAAGCACCGAGCACAAAAGAAAAGUAGCCAUAAAAUUACAUUUGUUCUUACAUGCUGCAUAGGCCUAUGUUUCUUUGUUAGGAAAGAAAAUAUUUAAUUGGUUCAGAAAAGUGAAGAGGACAUGAGUUUUGUCAUACUUUAGCAAUAAAAUCCUUGAAUUCAACUAAACAGUGAGAAAAAAAGGGUUAACCAUUAAUAAAUACACUUCUAAUUCUAUUCAAUUGGAUGAUGUGUCUUUGAGAAAGCCCAGUAGUGAUGAAGACUUUGUAAACUAACUUUGAAACCUUCAAAAAAUUUUGCAUUAUAAAUGCAGUAAUUUUUUUUAAAAUCUUUUUUGCUCUAUGCAGAUGCUACUUGGUAUAAAUUCAUUAUUUUUUUAAACAGUUUUUCUUAAGAGUAUGCAUGCAUACGGGGAUAUGUUGUAUGUUGUACAGGGCUAGGGAUUUCAAACUAUUUACUUUUGUAAAUCAGAAACCAUCUUCUGGACAGUGCUAAUUAUUCUGAUACUUAACAAAUGAACAUUCUGAAAGGAAUCUAAAGAGUUGAAACUCUUUUCAGUCUGUAAGACAUAGAGGGGGAAAAAAUGACACUAAAUGACUUCUAAAUAAUCACUGAAUGAUAUGAAUCCUGAAUAAAAUUAAAUCUUUCCAAAAAUAAAGGCCAAAGUUAAUAGAUCUGAAACUCAGACAUAGCUAAAUCUUAAUUUGCAUUUCACUGGAUCCACUUAAUUUAAAAUUCAUUAAUAAGUGCAACACUAGAUGAAUUAUGAUAAUUACAGAUCUAGUAAACAGUUUAUACACAUAAAUAAAUGAUCAAUUAUAACAAAAAAAAAGUAGCAAUGUUUUCAAAAUUACUAUGGUACUUUUUUAAUUUUAAAAGUGUGGAGUACACAUGCACUUUAAGCUAAGAGGACAAAAGUUCUGAUUUUAACAUGAUGACUAUAAUCACCAUGGACUGUCAAUAAAAGAUCCUCAAAUUUGGUAAAGUUAGGAAUCUCUGACCUAGCUAUUAACAAAAUGUUCAUAU